UGGGUGCUCUCUUCCGGCGCUGGGAGGCUCUUCCGCUUUGCCUUCCAUCGGAUCUCACCGGCUUUAGGCUACUUGAAGGGUUUUUCCCAAACAUGGAUAUCAGACCAAAUCACACAAUUUAUAUCAACAACAUGAAUGACAAAAUUAAAAAAGAAGAAUUGAAGAGAUCUCUGUAUGCCCUGUUUUCUCAGUUUGGACAUGUAGUAGAUAUUGUGGCUUUAAAGACCAUGAAGAUGAGGGGACAGGCUUUUGUUAUAUUUAAGGAACUGGGUUCAUCCACAAAUGCUUUGAGACAGUUACAAGGAUUUCCAUUUUAUGGUAAACCAAUGAGAAUUCAGUAUGCAAAAACAGAUUCCGAUAUAAUAUCUAAAAUGCGUGGUACUUUCGCUGACAAGGAAAAGAAAAAGGAAAAGAAGAAAGCUAAGACCAUGGAACAGGCUGCAGCAGCUGCAAACAAGAAGCCUGGUCAGGGCACACCCAAUUCAGCUAAUACCCAAGGAAAUGCAGCGCCAAAUCCUCAGGUCCCUGAUUACCCUCCAAACUAUAUCCUAUUCCUUAAUAACUUACCAGAGGAGACGAAUGAGAUGAUGUUAUCCAUGUUGUUCAACCAGUUCCCUGGUUUCAAGGAGGUUCGCUUGGUACCGGGGAGACAUGACAUAGCGUUUGUAGAAUUUGAAAAUGAUGGGCAGGCUGGAGCUGCCAGAGAUGCUCUACAGGGGUUUAAGAUCACGCCGUCCCAUGCCAUGAAGAUUACCUAUGCCAAAAAGUGACAUGUGGGAUGCCAGCGUUAAAGGACUUGGUAUUAUUUAUAGCGUUUGUUUUGAUAAUAUUUGAUCAAGUCAUUUUAAAUGGUUGGAAGUGAAGAUGAAGUUUUGGGAAAAGAGUUACCUAAUUUUUUUUUCAUUUUGUUGAACUAUGAAAUAUGGAGCCUUAAUUUUGUACAAUAAACUUUUAUUUGUAUUCUGUU